AGAGGCGGGGCGGCAGGGCGGGGUUCGGGCGGAGCGGAACGGCCGCGGUGGCGUCGGCGGUCCGCAGGAUUCUUUGGGUGCGUGGUGCGGAGGGAUACGUCGGUCGGACGUAGGGCCGGCCCGGCAUCAUGGCCUCGGAGCUGGAGAGCCUCAACCCGGGGCAGCGCAUCAUGACCUUCCGCCCCACCAUGGAGGAGUUCCGCGACUUCAGCCGCUACAUCGCCUACGUGGAGUCGCAGGGCGCCCACCGCGCCGGCCUGGCCAAGAUCGUGCCGCCUAAGGAGUGGAAGCCGCGGCAGUGCUACGAUGACAUCGACGAGCUCGUCAUCCCCGCGCCCAUCCAGCAGGUGGUGACGGGGCAGUCCGGGCUCUUCACGCAGUACAACAUACAGAAGAAGGCCAUGACGGUCCGCGAGUUCCGCAGGAUCGCCAACAGUGACAAAUACUGCACCCCCCGGUACACAGAUUUUGAAGACCUUGAACGAAAAUACUGGAAGAACCUUACGUUCAAUGCCCCCAUCUACGGGGCUGACGUUAAUGGCACGCUCUACGACAAGCAUGUAGACGCGUGGAAUAUCGGCAGAUUGAACACAAUCCUGGAUAUUGUGGAGAAUGAAAGUGGCAUAACCAUUGAAGGAGUGAAUACUCCUUACCUAUAUUUUGGCAUGUGGAAAACUUCCUUUGCUUGGCACACCGAGGACAUGGAUCUCUACAGUAUUAAUUACUUGCAUUUUGGGGAACCCAAGUCAUGGUACUCCAUCCCUCCAGAGCAUGGGAAAAGGCUGGAGAGACUUGCAAAAGGUUUUUUCCCAGGAAGUGCCCAAAGCUGUGAAGCAUUUCUCCGUCACAAGAUGACUCUCAUUUCUCCAUCAAUUCUGAAGAAAUAUGGAAUUCCAUUUGAUAAGGUGACACAGGAGGCUGGAGAGUUCAUGAUAACCUUUCCUUAUAGCUAUCAUGCUGGCUUUAACCACGGCUUUAACUGUGCUGAAUCUACCAACUUUGCUACUCUUCGGUGGAUUGAGUACGGGAAGCAGUCGGUGCUGUGCUCCUGUCGGAAGGACAUGGUGAAGAUCUCCAUGGAUGUGUUUGUGAGGAAGUACCAGCCAGAUCGUUACAAGCUUUGGAAAGCUGGGAAGGACGUGACUGUCAUUGACCACGCUCUUCCAACCCCAGAGGCAGCAGAGUUCCUUAAAGGGGAUCUCAUGCAAAAAGUCAAGAGUGGGAAACAGUGUGCUGAGGAGAUGGAAACAGAAGAGAUGUGUAAAGAGGAGGUGGAUGGGAAUGAGACAAAAAGCAUCCCCAAGCACCGCAUAGGAACAAAAAGGCACAGGGUCUGCCUGGAAGUGCCUCAGGAGGUGAGUGAGAGUGAGGCCUUCCCUAAGGAGGAGCUGAGCUCCACACAGUGUGAAGCGGACAUGGCAGAGCCUCGUGAGACGUCCACGAGUGAAUUUGUACAGCAAGGUGAACAAAGGAUCAAACUUCCAGAUCGUGUGGACUCGGCCAAAUUUGAAGAAUUGAAACCGGUGAAGCUUGAGGAAGAAGAACAAGAAGCAGCUGCACUGGAUCUCUCCAUUUCACAUGCUUCAAAUUCCACUUCAGUGUUGCCAGCCUCAAAGCAGAGUGCUACAUCCAGUGUUCAGUCCAGCUCACCUUCCUACUCUUCAGACUCGGAAUCGUGUGAUGUGUUGGCGAAGCGAACGGUUCCGGGGCCAGCCGGGGUGUUCACAGUGCACAGUUAUGCCAAGGGCGAUGCCAGCGGCUCCGACAGCGAACACACUUCAGGGAGGAAAGCCACUGCCAGCUCCAGUGUCAGUGAGCAAGAACUGACAGAGGUGGGAAAGGAGUACUUAAGCUCCGUGAAGGAGAGUAAGAAGUCCAAGGGUCGUCGGCAGCCCCUGAGCAAACUCCCCCGUCAUCACCCGCUCCUGGUCAAAGACUGCAUCAGUGAUGAUGAGGCAUCAGAGCAGCUAACUCCUGAAGAAGAGGCUGAGGAGACAGAAGCAUGGGCCAAGCCACUGAGCCAGCUGUGGCAGAAUCGGCCGCCAAACUUUGAGGCUGAGAAAGAAUACAAUCGCAGCAUGGCGCAGCAGCCCCCAUACUGUGCUGUCUGUAUGCUCUUCCAGGCAUAUCAGGCAGAAUGUGAAGGCAGCAGUCAAAACUCUGGAGUAACUCCAGCUGCUGCAGAUGGGAAGAUCCGAACUAAACCCCUGAUUCCUGAAAUGUGCUUUACUGCAACUGGCUGCAGCACUGACCUCAAUCUUUCAACUCCCUACCUGGAGGAAGAUGGAACCAGCGUACUCAUCACCUGCAAGAACUGCCAUGUCUGUGUUCAUGCCAGUUGUUAUGGUGUAUCCCCUGACAAGGCCACUGAAGACUGGAUGUGCUCCCGGUGUACAGAAAAUGCGUUAGAAGAGGACUGCUGUUUGUGUUCCUUACGAGGAGGAGCGCUGCAGAGAGCCAAUGAUGACAAGUGGGUUCAUGUGAUGUGUGCUGUGGCUGUACUGGAGGCAAAAUUUGUGAACAUCGCAGAGCGAAGUCCUGUAGAUGUUGGCAAAAUCCCCCUGCAACGUUUCAGACUGAAAUGCAUCUUCUGCAAGAAAAGGAGAAAGAGAAUUGCAGGUUGCUGUGUACAGUGUUCACAUGGUCGGUGUCCCACAUCCUUUCAUGUCAGCUGUGCCCAAGCAGCAGGAGUCAUGAUGCAGCCUGAUGACUGGCCAUUUGUUGUCUUCAUUACCUGCUUCAGGCAUAAGACUCCAUCUCAGGCUGAGCGAGCUAAGGCUGCACUCCAGGAUCUGUCCCCUGGACAGAUAGUCAUCAGUAAGCACAAGAAUGGUCGCUUCUAUCAAUGUGAAGUGGUCAGCCUUGCAAAGGAGACUUUCUACGAGGUCAACUUUGAUGAUGGCUCCUUCAGCGAUAACCUGUACCCAGAGGACAUUGUGAGUCGAGAUUGUCUUCAGUUAGGUCCCCCUGCUGAAGGGGAAGUCGUGCAGGUGAGAUGGACAGAUGGACAAGUUUAUGGAGCAAAGUUUGUCGCAUCACACGCUAUCCAGAUGUACCAGGUGGAAUUUGAAGAUGGUUCACAGCUGAUGGUGAAAAGGGAUGAUGUAUACACUCUUGAAGAGGAGCUUCCUAAGAGAGUGAAGUCAAGGCUGUCAAUUGCUUCAGAUAUGCGCUUCACAGAGAUCUUUGAAGAGAAGGAGGUCAGUCAAGAAAGGAAGAGACAAAGAGUGAUCAAUUCACGCUACCGUGAAGAUUAUAUCGAACCUGCCUUGUACCGGGCCAUCAUGGAGUAAACACUGCCUGUGGCAGAGGAAGAAGAUGCCCACCUUCCCCAAGGAUUUAAACGUUCCAGUACAACAGGCCAUAUUUGGAUGCUUUGAAUCCAGGGUUACUUCUGGGGUUUUGUUCUUUUAUAUUUUAAGGAAGCUAAAAGGCUGAUGCUCUGCAGUAGCUGUAAGGCAGCUGUUGUAUAGUGAAAGAGAUCCCAUUUGCUGAAGCUGAUGCCUGCAGACUGCUGGUCUGAAGAUGGGUCCUUACCAAAUAAGCCAGCUUGGGGAUGUUGCCUUCAUCUUGUUGAGCAGUCUUGCUUUUUAUUUAGAGAAAAUUUGACAGGUGGCAAACUCUUUGGGGAGUUGUUGCCAGGAAUCCUGGCAGCUGCAGAAUAGUGUGGUCUAUUGUUUUAACUGAAUAAUGUUCCUGAAUUUAGGAGUCUCCCUGGUCACCACACCUGGGCUUGAGCAGGCAGUAUUACUGGUGCUGGAAAUGGAACCUCUUUUAUAUUUAUAUCCAUUUUUUUUGUCUCAAGCAGCUUCAGUCUCUUGUUUCUCAGCACCUCCUUUCUGAGGUUGAGCUGUAGGAUGUUCAAAUCCGAACAGACUGGAGGUGCUUGUGUGAACAGGUGAAAUGUGAAAUUGAAUCCUGUAGGACAAAUUAUUUAACCUUCCAUUUAAUAUUUUUGUUCUGAUAGUGCUUUUGACUUACUUAAUCAUAAGUUUAAUUGUUAAUAGUAUGUGCCUCAGAACCAGUGAAAUCUCUCUGGAGCCUUGUGAAGUGCAGCCUUCUAAUAAGAAUAGGUGUUCAGCUCCCAAUAGACAUUCAGCUCCCAAAGAGUUUGUUUUGAGUUUCUCUAAGGCAAUAUGACUAUAAAGGGACAGUCCUAACUCUCCCUUCUUGAGAUCCAAGCAUCACAGUGUUGGGGAUGACAGGGCAGCGGUCUCAGAAGCAGUGCUGCUCUGGGGCAGCACUGUCUAUCAUGUGUCUACGGGCUUUUGCUUGCAGCAGCUAAUACUGGGUCUGAGACAGGUGAAGUAUGCACUGAGCUGUGUGUUCUAACUGAAAGGCUGUGCAGUGCUCUUCUGAAGCAGGAGUGCUGCCGUGUUGCUGUCUGGCAAAGAUUACUGUAGCAUUUUUAUAGAGUAUUAGGACACAUCUCAGUUGUGGUGGAGAGAAUUUGCUACCCCAGCCAUAGGAAGCUGAGUUGAACUGGGUAGUAGGCGUACCUGGAAGAUGUGCCAACUUGCUCCUAAUAAUUUAAGCAUUAACACACCACAGUAGGAGCAGUGUAAAUACACAUUCCUUUCCCGUUCUGUAGGAAAGGGAUUUUAGGCUGUGGAGCAGAUUGGCCACCUUCUUUUUGCAUGGAAUGAUGGGGUGGAUUUUCCUACUGGAGAAAAUCAUGAUUGUGUGUUCUCCAGAAACUGUUCAAGAGGAGAAUUUUCUAAUGAAACAGACCUUAUGCAUCCCUGCUUCUAUAGGGACAUGGCAAUGUGUCUGCAAAGUCUGGAUUUGUAACUUUUUUCCUUUUGUUACAUAGGAACGCUAUAAACCAAACCCUUCUGAAACCCCGGUGCAUCAAUUUGUGAUUAGCAAUAAAAUGUAGUAUUGAGUAGUGAUACAACUCUUGAUCAGAAAAGAAAUAAACUGCAACUUUUAUACAGAAAA